GGCGAUAGGAUAGGCGGCCCUUUGUCGAAGCUAGAGGACCGGCAGGCGGCAGCAGCAACUACGGCGGCGGCAGCAGAACCCAGCAGUGAUGUGGAGGUGGAGACCCACAGGAGCCCCGGACUUCACCUGAGCUACCUCAGCAGUCACCAAGGGUGGCAAGAAAAGGAAGAAAGCCCUGAGUUGGGGGGGACCAGGAUGCCUGACCGGGACAGCUAUGCCAACGGCACUGGGAGCAGCGGUGGAGGCCCUGGAGGCGGUGGCAGCGAGGAGGCCAGUGGGACAGGGGCAGGCAGUGGCGGGGCCAGCUCAGAUGCUAUCUGUAGAGACUUCCUGAGGAAUGUGUGCAAGCGAGGCAAGCGUUGCCGCUAUCGCCAUCCGGACAUGAGUGAGGUGUCCAACUUGGGGGUGAGCAAAAACGAGUUCAUCUUCUGCCAUGACUUCCAGAACAAGGAGUGUAGCCGCCCAAACUGCCGAUUCAUCCAUGGCUCCAAGGAGGAUGAGGAUGGCUAUAAAAAGACAGGAGAGCUUCCCCCUCGGCUGAGGCAGAAAGUGGCAGCCGGCCUGGGCCUUUCACCAGCUGACCUACCAAAUGGGAAGGAGGAGGUCCCUAUCUGCCGUGACUUUCUCAAGGGUGAUUGCCAGAGAGGCGCCAAGUGCAAGUUCCGUCACCUGCAGCGGGAUUUUGAGUUUGAUGCCCGGGGUGGAGGAGGUGCUGGUGGUGGGGGCUCAACAGGCCCAGUUCCCCCAGGACGACGUCAUGACCUCUAUGAUAUCUACGACCUCCCUGACAGGGGCUUUGAGGACCAUGAGCCAGGCCCCAAGCGCCGGCGAGGUGGAUGCUGCCCCCCAGAUGGCCCCCAUUUUGAAUCAUAUGAAUACAGCCUGGCUCCACCCCGAGGGGUGGAGUGCAGGCUGCUAGAGGAAGAGAAUGCCAUGCUCAGGAAGCGGGUAGAGGAGCUAAAGAAGCAGGUCAGCAACCUUCUGGCCACCAACGAGGUACUGCUGGAACAAAAUGCCCAGUUCCGCAAUCAGGCCAAGGUCAUGACGCUGAGCUCCACUGCACCAGCAACUGAGCAGACUCUGGCCCCCACCGUGGGCACUGUCACCACUUUUAACCAUGGCAUCGCCCAGACUCACACUACUCUCAGCAGCCAGGCUCUACAGCCUCGCCCCGUGUCCCAGCAAGAACUGGUGGCCCCUGCGGGAGCUCCAGCUGCUCCCCCAGCUAAUGCUGCACCGCCUGCCGCUCCACCACCCCCACCCCCACACUUGAACCCAGAGAUCACGCCACUGUCGGCUGCUCUGGCUCAAACAAUUGCCCAGGGAAUGGCACCCCCACCUGUCUCCAUGGCUCCUGUGGCUGUAUCUGUGGCUCCUGUGGCUGUAUCGAUGGCCCAACCCUUGGCAGGAAUCACAAUGAGCCACACCACCACUCCCAUGGUGACUUACCCCAUCGCCUCCCAGAGCAUGCGUAUCACAGCCAUGCCACACUGAUGGGGCUAAUGGACACUCCCCUGGUAUAGCCUCCCAGGGCUGGGGUCGAGGGGCCCUUACCUACCCACUCGCCUAGCCUUCCCAGGCCCUGUCCAAAGGGCUCACUCAUGAACUAGGACAAGAGACUACAAGGAGUUUGCUUCUGAGCAGGGGUUGGGUUGGUGUGUUUUCUCUCACCUCCCUUUUAUGAGGGUCCUCUUGUCCAUCUUCCUUCCAGCCUCACAGAGGGGGCUUGCAUAGGAGUGCAGACUGAAGCCAGCAGAGGAAGGACUGACUGAGGGGCUAUGUGUUCUCUGAUGGGAAUUUGGGGGACAUCGUUGGUCUUGUCCUGUCUUCUGCACGGCACAGGUUCCAGCACUGGCUUUGGAAGAAAAAAAUACCCUGCCCAGAGGGGAAGCCAGGAAAGAUUGGGAAGUGGGUGGCCAGGAGAGAAGGCCUGAUAGGAGCCUUCAGACAAUUUGGGGCCUAGCUGAGUUGGACAAUACAGGAACUGCUCCUGGGCCCAUGGGAAGGCGGGGACCAUAGUACUCCAGCCCAAAGACUAGGGGAGCAUUCAUUACCUUGGCUUGGCCUGGACAUCCAUAGGGCAGGGCCCACCAUGUUCCAAAGAAAUAAAAAAAUAUAUUUUUAACAAA